AUGGUCCGUUCUGCUUUAAUCCCUCCUCAACGCGGCGGCGGCGCGAGAUAUCCCUACCCCAAGCAGGUCUGGUCGCCAGCAGGUGGUUGGUGGACGCGCCCUUCAAACUGGAAGUCAAACACCGCGAUCGCGACCGCUGGUCUCCUCAUCAUCUCAUACGGUAUCUUCACCGUCAGCGCCGACAAGGAGAGACGAACAGUGCAGCCCAUCAGGCCCAUUCCCUCCAUGAUGUGGACUACCGAGUACCGGAAGAAGGAAGAGACCUCUUCCGAGUAG